GAUAUGGGGAUUUAGGUCAAUGAUUGUUUUUAAAUACAGAUGUGAAGAGAAACUAAUUCAAUCUCGCGUUUGUGUUGGACUAUUAUUGAAAUGUAUUUUAUUUGCGAUUAUGUUUUCAAUAAAUGUUUAAAAUGGACGUUCUAGGAAAUGGCAUACUUUUCUUAAGAUGCGGGACAGGUUUAUAUCCAUACUUACCUGUUUAGUUAUGCUAGGGUUUCAAGUGUCGACGGUUUAUUUGGUCGAGCCGUUGCCAUAUCUUAUAAAAGUUUUAAAACUUCCGUCCAUGUGCGGCCCAGGGAAAUACUUCAAUAACUACAUGAACGGCAGUGGACAAUGCAAGAAGUGUCGACCCUGUGCUAAGGGCUAUGUUGAACUGUCACCAUGUAGUAAGAAUGAGAAUACCAGGUGCCAACUUUGUCCACCAGGGACAUUUAAUGAUAGAAGAAACGGUGUUUGCAAAAACUGCACUGUUUGUGACAAAGGUUUCUUCGUAAGAAGACCAUGCUUACCUUGCAAAGACACAAGAUGCCGCAAAUGUCCUGAAGGGACUUUCUCUGUUGAUGGAACUAGAUGGGCAUGUAACUAUUGUACAACUUGCAGCGAAAUUCAGGACGAAUUCUUACCUUGCACAACGGAAAACGAUCGAGUAUGCAAAGAGAAUAGACAGGUGGACUCCGCACAAUCUGAAGUGAUAUUGAAAGAGGCAAAAGUUGAAGACAAUGUUGAAUUCAACACACAUUCCCGAUUGGUCCUGGUUGCCACUUGCACAGCGAUUUCAUUCGCCUUCUUAAUUGUCCUUCUCGCUUGGACGUUACAAACAUACCGCCGUUUUGCCGACCGGUAUCAGUUGACGCAGUGUCAGAUAUGUGUCCUUUGACACGUGGCCUAUCAAAUUAAUAUUUGUUUUUAGCUUAUUCCUUUCAUGGAAUCGCUCCUCAUUUUCAUAUUCGACAAAGAAACUACGUACUGAAUGUUGAAGUUAAAAUGCUUAUUUUUCUCCGGUGUCUCAAUGAAUGAAUGAUACAUCCAGUGUUUCCAUGAGCUCUCGUUCAUUCGUGAGUGAAGUUUCAUGCCAUAAUGUUUUCGCUGGUUACUGUAUAAAUAUUUAACUCAUCACAUGAAUGCAAUAUUUUCAUAACUGCAUGCUGUUUUCAUUCCUGUGUACAUUAUGAUGAUGCAUUUUUAUAAAAAAAUCUGGUAAAAGA